AUGAACUCCGCCCCCGCUUAUCUCGGUGGUGCCAUCAUGCACGCCCCCACUCCGAUGACGAUGAGCGACGAAGACGCCGACGAGUUGCGAAGCAAGGCUCGCUCUUUUGUCGGCGAGUGGGUCGCUGACGACGCCCCGCUGUUCCCAUGCGUGUCCCUCACGAACAACGCGUACACCCUCACAUACGUCGGCCCCGGACGAGUGAUGGAGAUCGACUUAAGCUUCACGGUCAAGUGCUGUUGCUGCACGAUACAGCACGUCACCUCCAAGGGAACGUUCGAUGAGGACGGUCUCGGCGGAAGGAUGGAGGACGACCAAGGAUUAAAAACGACUUACACGCUGGUGUCGCUCGACAAAGAUCACAACGGUCUCCUCCGCUCCGUCACGUACGCCAUAUCCGGUCACGACAAAAAAGGACUUCCAGUCACGGGUUCCGCGGUACAGUACGCAAACAAGAGGGUCAUGACCCUGAACAUACCCGGCGCACCUCCGCUGAAUAUGACGUAUCAUAAGUGA